AUGUUUAUAACUAUUAUAUUUAUCUUUCCUUUAAUCUCCAAUCAAAACCAACUAAAAUUAGAUCAAACUUAUAAAUUGCCAUUAUACAAAGAAAAUAUUAUUGAUGUAAUAGAUGAAUCUGGAUUUAUAUACAAAUAUCACAUUUCCAAUAACAAUAAAGAAAUUACGUAUCAAACAUAUUGUUCAGUUCAGCCUUAACGUUUGGAUAUUGAAAUAGAGUCAUAAUUGAAGGUCACUCAUAAAACGGAGUAGGAUUUUGAACUAAAUUUUGUGAAUGGCAAAUUUUAUGGUCAAUCAGAAUUCAUUUAAUCAGCUGUCAUAAAUUCCUACGGCAUUAUUAUAUUAACAAGUGAUAAAAAUUUAACAUUUAUAUCUCACGACAACAUCAAUCAAAAUAUUGCCCAGACUUAACAUUUCUAAAUAAAUGAAUCUAUUGAAAAUUCUUAUUUAAUUUAAAUAGAGUCCUUGAACUUAUUAAUACUUCUCUUGUAAGACAAUAAAGUGUACGAAUACGAAGUCCACAAUAAUACAUAUUAUAAUAAGUCAAUCUAAUAUAUAAGUUAGUAUAAAUAGGAAACACUUCAUGUCAAUCAAAUUAAAUUGAUUAAUGUCUAUUCAACUUAUGUUUUUAUUUUAUAUAAAGAUGGAAAUCUACGAAUAUACAAUAGAAAAAUGGAGCCGAUUUACAAAUUUGAAUCCUAGAUUUUACAUUUUGAGUUCGAAACCAUUUCUCAGUAAUUUAGAAUAUAUCUUUUGUAUCAGAAUUCAACAUUGAUGUCCAAAACUAUAACAUUUGAAAAUACAAUUAAUGUUAACGAUAAUUAAUAGUAAAUAUUAAUUACGAAACCUUAAGCAGUGAAUUUCAAAUUGUAUAAUAGAGGUAUAUUAGUAGUUGUUGAGGAUAACAGUUAGGGGCAUAUCAUAAUAGAUUAUUCAUUCAAUUCAAUAAAUUUGAAAGAACUAAAUAUGCAAUACAUAAAUCAGAAGGUGAAGCAUAUUAUAAUUCAUGAUUUAUAUGCUUUAUUGAUAGGUGAUAAAACCUAAAGCAUAAUUACUGUUGGAGUUGAUGCUAUAUAUCUGAACCAAUAAAAUUACAAAGUGUAAGCGAACCUAUUAGUUCCUCAGAUCUUGAAUGUUUUAAUGUUAUCUUAAGUAACGAAUUCCGGGACGACAGAUUAUGUAUAUGCGUAUACAAGGACAAGAUUUUUAAAAUUAAAUUUGCUAGCGGUAUGUAUUUAUUUAAAAGUUAAGAGGAUGUUUGAGGUAUUUUGUUCGUGUUAAAGUCAAAAUGAAGCAAUGCAAUCACCCUUUCAUUUUGAAUUGGAGUAUUACAAUAGCGAUUGCGAUGGAUGCUCAAAAAAGAAGAGUUAUACUUUGUUCUUCAAUUAUGCAAUUAUGACAAAGGAGGAUGAAGCUCUAUUGUAUGAGAGCAUAAUAAUCGGAGGAUUGAUCGUUGUGGGGAUAAUUGGGUUUGUAGUUUACAAAUAUUUUGCAUUUCUCCGAUUUUGGAAGGAAGCUCAAAAUAAGGCAAUUCAAUUGGAAACCACGACCACUCAACCUCAUAUUGAAUUUUCCAUCAAUGAUUCAAAGGUUGGUUUUCAGUUGGAAAUUGAGAAUCAUAAAAAGGAUGUUGAGUGA